GGAAGAAUGAGGUCCUCCCUGGCUCCUCUGGGGCUCCCUGUGAGCCGGGACCGCGUCAUCGCCAGCUUCCCUAAGUGGUACACACCUGAAGCCUGCCUGCAGCUCAAGGACCACUUCCAUGGGCAGGUCAGCGCGGCCUGCCAGCGCAGGAACACGGGGACUGUCGGGCUCAGACUCUCCAAGGUGGUUGUCGUUGGCGAUCUCUAUGUGGGGAAGACGAGCCUCAUCCACAGGUUUUGCAAGAAUGUGUUUGACCGAGACUAUAAGGCCACCAUUGGGGUGGACUUCGAAAUCGAGCGCUUUGAGAUCGCAGGGAUUCCCUACAGCCUCCAGAUCUGGGACACAGCCGGGCAGGAGAAGUUCAAGUGCAUCGCAUCUGCCUACUACCGGGGUGCCCAGGUGAUCAUCACAGCCUUCGACCUCACUGACGUGCAGACUCUGGCGCACACCAGGCAGUGGCUGGCGGACGCACUGCGGGAGAACGCGGCGAGCUCCUGCUUCAUCUUCCUCGUGGGAACCAAGAAGGACCUUCUGUCAGGGGCAGCGUGUGAGCAGGCCGAAGCGGAGGCUGUGCACCUGGCCAAUGAGAUGCAGGCUGAGUACUGGUCGGUGUCUGCCAAGACCGGGGAGAAUGUGAAGGCGUUCUUCAGCCGCGUAGCCGCCCUGUCGUUCGAGCAUUCGGUGCUGCAGGACCUGGAGAGGCGGAGCAGCACCCAGCUCCAGGUCGGCGACGGAGACCUCAUCCGAAUGAAGGGAAGUUCGCCUGAGAGCCAGGAGGGCAGGGGGCUCUCCAGCCUAGGUUGCUGUUAGCUGGGCCCUGCAUCAGAGGCCUCCGCACCCCCCACGCUCACGGACAGCAACUUCUGAACCUGUGGAGGGGUGACGUGGAGGCCGAGCUCUGCAGCGUGUCUGCCCUUGAGGUGUGGAGGGCCUAUGUUCUGGGCCCUUCACCCACCCACUGUGCAGAGCCGCAGGGCUC